AUGGGUAAAUCACAGUCCAAGCAGCCGAUAUCUGAAGUGAAAGAUGGGAAUGAUGUUCGUUUUGCCUUAGUAGGAACAGGUGGUUGUGGAAAGUCGGCUUUUGUCAACGCUGCCAGAGGGUAUAAUUGAAUUUACUUUGUUUUAAAUGAAAACUUUAAGUCUGAAAAUAAGAGUAUAUAUGUCAGUGAAAUAAGAGUACAGAAAAUUUGUAUGAGAGUUUCUUCGAAUAGUUCAGUCAAACGAGAAAUAGUUCGGUCACCAGUUAUCAAUGCUACUCUCAUGCACCGAGUGAACACGACAAACUAUGGCAAGUUAGCAAGCAAUGAGGAAACUUUCAUGGCUAAUUCAAACGAGAACAAGAGUUGAAUGAGAGUUAAUAUGCAAUGGAAAGCUUCAAUGAAAGUUUCCGCAAAUCUAAUCGGUAGCUCGGUGUUGCAUAAAUGUUAGCAAGCAAGAGUUUAAAUGCGAGAUGUUUUCCAUGAGAGUUUGCCAAUAUACAGGAGGAAAAGAUCCAUGAAAGCUUGAAUUCAAUUUAUGGCAUGCCUUGCCGAUGCUAGCGCUAUGCAUGACUCAAUAUAGCAUCUUUCUAUCAUGCAAUGUAUCUUCGGUUAAAUAAAUAAAUGCCUAUUUGAACUUGAAUUUAAUUAAGCUCGAUAAAUACGGUUUCAAAUCAAGAUCACCAAAUGUUAUACAAAUGCCACAAGAUGCACAAUAUGUAGGGACAUAUCCGAAUCACUGUUUUUGAAAGCUUCAGUCCUGCUGAAAGGAAUACUUAAGUUAGAUUAGUAAGUAUUGUGAAAUAUCAAAUAUCCAUAUAUGUUAUGAGGAAUUUCCAUCCAUUCCAGCGACUAAUGCUAAAGAUCUCAUUUCUUUAACCUUCCUUUAUAACCUUCCCGACAAUAAAGAAUAACAAUAUUGGUAAAAUUGUCCAGUUAUUCAGUAAUCAGUACCGUUUAUCUAUUACUCCUUAGCAUUGACGAUGAAGACGAGCUUGCAGCGAGCGUGGACGUUGUUGGAACAGAGCAACAGCCCACCGAAUACAUUUAUCCAUCAAAUCCACACGUGUGUUUCUGCGAUCUACCCGGUUAUGGUACACCUAGCUAUCCCGAUCUUGAAACCUACUGGAGAAUACUUGAAUUGGAAAAGUUCGAUAUAUUUCUUAUUUUUAUUUCACUGCGAGUAACAGAACUUGAUCUUGCAAUAAUAAAGAAAGUCAAAUCCAUCAAAAAGUCAUUCUUUCUCAUUCGCACCAAGAUUGAUGUGGAAUGCAUGAUGAAUAAAGACCUAUUAUCGAAAAUUAAGGAUUAUAUAGUAACACGGACAAAACAUCUGUCAUGCGCUGAAGAAGACAUCUUUCUUAUCAGUAACUAUUAUCCGUUCGAGUGGGAUUUCUUCAGAUUGAUACAAGCAAUAAUUCACGUUAUGCCUUCUCCUGAAAAAGGUGAGUACCAUUGAACUGAACAGUUACUAUAUUCAUUUCAGUGUUGAGUAUAGUGAGUAACAAAAACCUAGAAUGAAGACGAUGGUCUUUGCUUGGUGGUGUAAAUAGUACGUAUUAAUCAAUUUUAAUCUCCCAUACCCUAAAACCAUUUGCAACUUCAUAUACUGUUACUAAUUUUGAUAAAAAUUACAAAAAUUAUUAGCUUCUUCAAGGUACCGCUUUCUAGCUUUCCUUGAGCACUAUAGCCAGUAUUUCUCCGCCGACUACGCUUCUAGAUGCAUGGGGCAGACAUAAAGUUUUAGGUCAGUAUAACAAUUCAGGCUGCAGCUCCCAAAAUCAAAGGAAUACAGUAAAACCUCAUAUACAGGUAUAAGAACUUAGAUUUUUCCAUGUUAGCCUACUAAACAUGUUCUUACGUACACAAUGCUUGCUAGGAAAUUAGGCUAAACAGAUUCUUAUAUAGAUUCUUAUCAAAUUUCAAAUGACGCGAGCCAACAGACCACGACCCUUUCGUAUAUAAAAAGGGCGUGUGAAUUGAACAAGUCACAUAUUAUUAGCAUUGGUGAAGAUCCGGGCUUACGGAUCGAAAGCUUCAUGCAGUAAUAAUUUUACGUGGUGUUUCCACAAACAAAACAAACUAUAAUAUGUUUUAUCGCCAUGCAAACUUACAAAGAACUUAUAGAUUCUUAUUUUCUUACGAAAAAAGCGACUCAUUUUCAGUAAGUGUGAAUAUAAUUUAUAUAAAUUUUGCACAAAUUACUUAACAGUCCAUGAUGUUGGAAACAUUGCUUACAAUCACUAUAGUAGUCAUGACCUGAUUUUCUGGGGUGCGCAUCCCCUCAAAUUGCAUGUUUGCACCCUCCAGAACGUUUUCCUACCCCACCUAUAGCGAUGGAUGCAUGUCUGAUGGUCGCAUUCUCUUGAAAGACAAUGUCGACGAGACCUAACUGAGGGCCCUGAAGGGGUAAAAUAGGAACUGGGAUUGAUCUAUUUUUCGACUGGGAAAAUGGGAUUUGGGUUGCUGGGAUUGGGAUUUGGCCACUGGGAAUGGGAAAUGAAGUCCUCAAAAAUGGGAAUGGGAUUGAGGUAAUGCGAGUCGAUUCCCAAUUUUUCUGCGUUUUGAGUAUUUUAAAAUACAAUUUUGAUCCGUUUUUGGUGUCUUUGGUCAUGAUUUUUGUUGUUAACUAUAUUAUUCACAGCACUACCUGCGAACAGGCAUACUCUGGCGCCCGGAAUUCUGGGUUUUCUGAUUGUACGUGUCUGAGAAUGCUGCAAAUGCCAUUUCUGGGAUUCAAAUUUAAAAAUUUUCCGUGCCUUCGGCACGAACCCCCCUAAUAUUUCAUAAAGUGUCCGCCACUUGCUAAAACGUCUUAAAAGGUCUUAAAACUGUUUAUUCUACCGAUAAAUAAAGCGGUUUUUAUUGACUGGGAUUUCAAUAACUGGGAUUGGAAUUUCUAAUAAAAAUCCAACUGGGACUGGGAUUUUGCCAAAAUUUCAGGUGGGAAAUGGGAUUGGGACCCCCCCCUUCAGGACCCUCCUAACUGCACUUCAAUUCACAUCUUUUUUAAUAUUAAAAAUGCUAGAUGCGCGACCAGGAUUCAUAAUAAAUUCAUAAUAAAGUAUUCAUAAUAAAGUAAUCGACAGUUCGAAGACUGCAGACUGGCAGUCGAAAGCUUGUGUUUCAAAUAAAAAAAUUUACGAUCAGAGAACGUUUCAGAAACUUUAUCUUUUUUAAUGUUACCUAAGAAAUAAUCAAAUGAAUGAAGGUACAUAGUUUUCCGUUCGAUUUAGUGGACAUUUGCCUAAAAUGAGAGGAGUUUAAUAAAUCUUUUCCGUACGUUUGCUUUCGUAUCAAAGACGCAUGGCUGGAAAGCAGACUUUUGGCCAGAAAAAUAUGGUACAAUAAUUGGCGUACGAGCCGUGUGGGCAGGAGUACAAUCUCCUUUAACAAUCUUGUAUAUGCCCCUUUAAUAAUCCUGUAUAUUUGACCUUGCAUUUUAUAUUAACUGACAGCAUGUACCUUUAUAGAUAUCACCCAACAAUAUCUUGCCGAGGCAAGGACAUACAUUAAACAAAAUGGUGUUUCUGGCAUUGAAGAAUUUCUCAGGAAAAAACUCGAGGGAUCGAAAGAUGUAAAAAUAAGAUUUGGCAUAACAGGAGAUAGUGGAACAGGGAAAUCAACAUUUAUCAACGCAAUAAGAGGGUAACAAGUUUUUAUAUUUCUUCUUUCGAGAAAACAAGCGGGCAGUGCCAUGAUAUCGUUUGGCGACAUUACGGGAAUUAACGCGCGCAAACCACUUUCAGGAAGCUAUAUUUUUACAAUUAGCUACCUAAAUCAAACUCCCAUCAGAAAGUACCCCGUCUCCAAUUAUGGUGUAACACAUUUACUCCAAAUCAAGCCUCGGAUAUAACCCAACACAAACAACAGAGAGGGUCAUAUACCUCUCACAGACUUAAUAUGCAUAUGAUUGGUUAAUCGGGUAAAAUAAAUGCAUCUGAUUGGUUAAUGCAACGGUAGCUGUAGCUGAAGUCAAAAUCUGAAAUUCUGAAGCUUAAUUAAAUUAGUAAAAUGAUGUAUAAAGCCGACAAUAAUAUAAAUUUUAAAAUUAAAGCCGAGAACGUUUAAUGUCUUUUGGCUGAAUCAUCAUACUAAAUAAUGCAAUAUGUGCAAAACAUAUAAACUUUGUACUGAGCAUUUACCAACAUUUACUUUCUACUGAACACUCACUUAAACCUAAACAUCAUCUCACAAAAUCAAAUGUAAUGUUUAUUGGAUUAUUACAUAAUUUAAACAAUAAAGUCAAAGACAAUCAUGUACUAUUAAAUAAUGCUCCGGUUCCUCGAACUAACACGUUUACAUGCUUGGGGGUAGACUUGGGGGAUGAAAAAUUGAACUGGGAGAAACACAUAAAGAAAAUAUGUAGUAAGGUGAGUGUAGGAAUUGGGGCGAUGAGAUGCAUAAAACCCUUUAGUAUUUUUGCACAAGUGAACAUAACAAAUCCUACACGUUGAUUGGUCAAAUUUGACUUAUUAAGCUAUUAUAUUUUAUAUUCAGCUACAGGUGACACAGGUGAAUAUAAAACCCACGAAAUUUUCAAAAUGGCGGCUAGUUGUUUUGUGGAAGUUACCGAUAAAGAAAUAAGCGAAAUUAAAAUAAAUGCGGUCCAAAAAAACACAAAAAACUUGUGUAAAAAUACUGUCUAAAACAAUUAUUCGCCUCACGCUCGGUGAUAUCGGGGAAUAUUCACCUCGACUUCGUCUCGGCGAAUAUUCCCCGAUAAUCACCUCGCCUUCGGUGAAUAAUUGUUAACAAUAAACUUUAAAUUUUUAUUGUAAUAUAUCUUAAUUCAUAAUUUUGGAUUGAUAUUUUCAGUCCACUGUAUUUUCCUACUUAAGGUGGACUAUUAUUAAAACUCUAUAUUAUUAUAGAAAAGGUUCUGCCCACAUACGUUACUGUUCUUGACUGAGGAAUAUUAAGCAGUUCUUCUGUGCAAGACCGGAGCGAGCAGACAUAGCAACGUUCAAUGAGGUCUAAAUCAGACAUGUAACUAGGAUAGAUCAAGGACAUGUGCAUAAUUACAAAAUAUGCAUAAUUCUUAUUUAUAAAUUGUGCUUUACUUUCUUGUAUAGACUUAACGAUGACGAUGAUGGUGCAGCAAAAGUAGACGUGGUUGAAGCAACGAAAGAGCCAACAGAAUACCAACAUCCUAACAAUCAGAUGAUUAUUUUCGUAGAUUUACCCGGCAUCGGUACGCCAAACUAUCCUAAUCUCCCUAUCUACUCUGAGAAAGUUGGCCUUGAAGAUUACGAUACCUUCCUUAUUUUCACUGCAAAUCGUUUUACACAAAACGACUUGGAAUUGGCAAAGAAAGUGAAAUCCAUUGGCAAGUCGUUCUCUCUUAUCCGCACAAAGAUCGAUGUAGAAUGUACGCCAAGAGAGGGACGAUCAAUUAACGAGCAAGAAAUUUUGGAAAAGAUGAAUAAAGAUUGCAUAGAUAACGUGAAAGAUUUGAUAUCCAGUGAGAAAGAAAUAUUCCUGAUUAGCAACUACCAUAAAGACAAAUGAGACUUUGACCGUCUGAUUGCAGCCAUCAGCGACGCCUUGCCCGUUCUUCAAAGAGAGUGUUUAACACUUUCUUUAUCACAUGUAACACGUGAAUGCUUAAAAAGAAAGGCAAAGUUUUUCAAAGGUAGAUAUUGUUAUGCAUCUUGUCCAAUGGACGAAUGGAAAAGUCAAAUGGAAAUUUUAUUUGUUUAUUGGAUAUAGAGGAGAGCUUUGAAUUCUCGAAAGUCCUGAUAUUUAACAAUUCAGUUUGUAUUCACCAAAAACGAGUUGAACAGUACAUGCAAGCUAAAUAUUCAUCGAAAACACGAAACGUCGAGGUGAAUAUCCUUGAACUAUAUUUACCGAUACUGAGGUGAAUUAUUACUGAGUGUCAUACCACAACAAAACAAAAAUGGCCAAAAAACAACAAAAAAAAUUUAAAACAAUUUGUAUUUCUGCUCCCGCAACAAAACAUUAUUUCAGUCCCAAUUUUAUUAGGAACGUUACAGCUUAAAUUUAAAGAAUACUUCCACAUACUGCUAUCAACGUAUUUGGCAAACCCACAGGUUUAAUGUUUAGGACAAAAAAUUGCUCGUCUGUAACCAGAAUGAAACAAGAAGCCAUUUCGUUUUAGUCCGGAGCCGGAGAUAUAUCUGGAAAUAUAUCCAGAGUUGAACAACCACUCAACUCAAAUUGCGCAAAAAGCACUAUCCACGUCUCGAGUAUAUGCCAAUGUUGUAUGUCACUAAUAGUAAUAGACAAUAAUAUAACAUAAUGCUAAUAUUUUUAUUAUUUCUAAACAAAUCUAGCUCAAGCUGUUGCCGUGGCAGUCAUUUCCGCUGGGACUGGUGCAAUUCCAAUUCCUGGCGUGGGAGGUGCUAUUGAUGCUGUACUUAUUGGAUGUACAAUCACGGUCUAUUACCGACAAUUUGGUCUCAACAAUACAACACCUGAAGAACUGGACUUGUUGAAUAAAAAAAUUAGGGAGAUUAUUAAAAGAUAUCACUUUACAUCAGCUGUGGAGUUUGCUAAAACUUUUGCAUCCAAAACAUUUACAAGAAUAUUUGCAGUGGAAGAAGUUUCCACAUUCAUUCCAAUCUUUGGAAUGGUCAUUGCAGGAAGUAUAUCGUUUGCUUUCACAUUGCGUUAUCUUUUAUGUUCUAUAAAAGAACUGGAAGAAGCUGCCAUGGCUGUCUGGGAUAACGCAGCGAAACGAUCAGUUAGAGACGGCACAGAUGAUUCACAACCACAAAGUGAUGAAUAA